AUGUAUUGGAUACAAGUCAUUUCCUGUUACUUCAAGAGCCAGAAGCAUCUUCUCUUUUUCGUUUUUCUUUUCCUGAUUCGUUGUAGGUGGUUGCAAGCCAAAGCACUUCCUGGUGCUAAUCGCCUUAUAAGACAUCUCCAUAAGCACGGAGUUCCCUUUGCCCUUGCUUCCAAUUCCAAAAGAAAAAACAUAGAUGGGAAAGUCGCUCUCCAAGAAGGAUGGAAAGAAUGCUUUUCCGUAAUUCUUGGAAGUGACCAGGUUAAAUCAGGGAAGCCUUCUCCAGACAUAUUUCUGGAAGCUGCAAAGCAAAUGGGUGCAGAUGCAGCUCACUGCCUAGUGAUAGAGGAUUCUGUCAUUGGAGUCAAGGCAGGCAAAGCUGCUAGAAUGAAGGUGGUAGCUGUGCCAUCUUUCCAUUCUGAAUUUGAUCAAUAUCCGAUAGCUGAUUCUGUGCUUCGUUCGCUCCUAGAGUUAAAGCCGGAACUAUGGGGUCUCCCACCAUUUGAAGACUGGGUUGGUAAUGCGUUGCUGGUUGAACCUGUUUUUUUCAGGGGUCUGUACAGAAACGGCCUCCUCCAUGAUUUUACAGAUGAUGGGCCGUCUACUCUACCCGAUCAAGUGUUUGGACUUUAUUUUGGCUGGGCAAAACCGGAGGCUUACAAGUUCAUAAAGAUUGUUCUUGGUAGUGGUUGGGGACAUGGCUGCUGCAGUUCUAAGAGAAAGAUGCAAGCUUGUAUAGUAGAUUCAAGUGAUGAGCAGAUCCAGGAUUGCAAAAUGGAAGUUGUGAUUGUAGGCUACAUCAGAGGAUCAUGCGAUGAGGGGAAAUCAGACAAAAUUGAAAUACUUGAGGAAGACAAAUCAAUUGCCAAUGCUGCCUUGAAUCGGUCUGAAUUUUCCCUUGGUGCAUUCCAGUCCCUAUUUUCUGAAGUUGCUUUAUAAGAUGACUGCAACAUUUAUGGAAAAUUAAUAAGGACAUGAUCUGAUCUGCAUUAGCACCGCGAGUAGUUACAUCUGUUACCCUGAAGGAGGAAAUAUGUCUUCCCCGGGAUUAGGGCGAAAAGAAUAAGAAAAAUUAUGCUUCUGGUUUCUCGCGUGCUUACUCUCUAAGGAAGGUAAUGGAAGAGUGGCAGUGGCCUGCCUACAAAUACUUCUGUAAACUUAAUAUAGUCCCAUUGAUGUAUUUCAUAGUUACUAUUAGUGCUUUGCCAAUGAAUUGAAAAUAAUCAAGUUGUGUUUACUUCA